CUCACCCCCUCAAUCAGGUUCCCGUUCGACUGCCGGCAGGCUCCGGCAAGUGGCGCCCGAACAGGGACCUGAAAACCUGGGAACACGGUAGAGGACACCGCUCGGGGCCGCGCGGAUAGCUAUCGGGUAAGUGAUAGCCGGAGGGAGCGGUCAGUAUAUCGGGAGUAAGAAAUCAUGGGCCAGGAAAAUAGUAAGGUGCUGUUUGCACAGGUUUUGAAAACUAUGCUCCGUUCUAGGGGCGCCAAGGUUAGUACUGCCCAACUGCGGAACUUUUUGCAGUUUGUGGAGGAAGUGUGCCCCUGGUUUCCUGAGGAGGGCACUGUUAAUCUGGAAACUUGGAAUAAAGUGGGAAGGCGUAUGCAGGGUUUUUUCCAGGCACACGGCCCCCAGAAGGUGCCUGUAGAGGCCUUCUCACUCUGGACCUUGGUCCGAGACUGCCUUGACCCCCGGCAUGAAGGAGUGCGCAUGGGGGCUUCUUCUGAGGCCACGCCGGUAGAGGCUCCAGGAGCCUCGUACGCUGAGGGCGAAGCCUCCGCUCCCCCGAUACAGCUCCUCACUGUUAAACCCGAGAGGCUGAAUCCGAAAGAGGAACAGGACUUAGAUGAAGCUGCCGCGGCCUAUGAGAAGGAAAAAUAUGGGGAGUUUGUGUUUCUCUCGGAAGAAUGCGCAGACAAGCAUAACCCGUUGCCCCCUGAUCCUACAAUGGAGGGCCUGUGGAAGCAAAUGCAGGCGUUGAUGAGCCAAGUUCAGGAUUUGCAUAAAUCAGUGAAGGGAAAGGACGCUGAAGGUUCACAAGGUCAGCCUAGUGCGCAUCCGAAAGGGGCUGACCCCCUGUUAAUAGAUCUAGAAGAGGACCCUCCAGGGUACCCAGGGGAGAAGCCGACUGUUUCCACACUGAGUGCAGGACCCGGGAUUGGGAUGCCAAUAGGAGUUCGUGUCCUCGAUCCUCAGGAGCGAACUAUGAUCGCUCUGGCUCAAAAAGGACCGGGUCAGGCCCGGGACCCUGGGUGGGGGAGGGUACGAACUGACUUUGCGCCAAUGUCUUCUUUUCAAAUGGCGCUUAGCCAGGCCAGACUGAGAGGGGAAGAUCUAGAGGGGUUCGAUUCAGAAUCAGCAAUGUGCUAUCCAGUAUUUGAACAGCCAGCUCAAGGGAACAACUCCCCGCAGAGAGUGUAUGGGCCCAUGGAUUUUAAGAAAUUGAAAGAGCUGAAGAUGGCUUGUGCUCAGUAUGGGCCCACUGCUCCUUAUACAGAAGCUAUUUUGGAGGCUUUAGAUACAGAAUAUACCAUGUGCCCCAAUGAUUGGAAACAAUUAGCGCGCGCUUGCUUGUCGGGAGGAGAUUACUUGCUGUGGAAAUCUGAGUAUACGGAGCAGUGUGAAAAGGUCCAUCGGCUAAAUGUGAGGAAUAACAUUCCCUCCGAUUUGCAAGGCCUGCUUGGAGAGGGGCAAUUUGCAGACACUCCUGCCCAGUUACAGUUUGGGAUGGGGACUUAUGCCCAAAUUUCUGCCGCGGCCAGGAAGGCUUGGAAAAAAUUGCCUAACACAAAAAAUGUAACCAUGGAUUUGACUAAAAUAAGGCAGGGCCCCGAUGAGCUUUAUCAGGACUUUGUCUCCCGGCUCCUUGAUGCCGCAGGGAAACUGAUAGGGGACGGGGAGGCUGGGGUAAUCAUUGUGAGGCAAUUAGCUUUUGAAAAUGCUAAUACUGCAUGUCAAGCAGCCCUACGGCCUUAUCGGCAUAAGGGGUCUCUGAAUGAUUACAUUAGACUUUGUCAGGAUAUAGGGCCCUCUUAUACCACCGGAGUCACUCUUGCAGCCGCCUUGAGAGGUCAGACUAUGCAACAAUUCCUACAGCAGCAGGGGGCUGGGCGAGGCAGGGGGCGACGAGUCCCCGGGCCCCCCGGGAGUUGCUUUUCCUGCGGUCAGCUUGGGCAUUUCACUCGAAAUUGCCCCCAGAAACCCUCCAGUAAUCAGAGGGCUCCCGCGGGCCCGCCCCGUGGAGCAUCUCCGGGGCUUUGUCCGAGAUGCAAAAAGGGAAAUCACUGGCCUCCCCCUGCAGUCGGGAAACUGGCAGAGGGGCCAGCCCCAGGCCCCGCAAACAUAUGGGGCUCUGAAGGGGGAGCCCCAGGGGCAAACCCCGGGAAGCAAUCCAUUUGUGACCUCUUCCGAGCCACCCCAGGGAGCGCCGGACUGGACCUCAGUUCCGCCGCCUACACAGUACUGACCCCUGCAAUGGGGAUGCAGGCUUUGCCUACUGGGGUCUAUGGCCCCCUGCCUGCCGGAACCGUGGGGCUUCUCUUAGGACGCAGUAGUAGUACCCUGAAAGGAUUGUUAGUGGCCCCUGGAGUCAUAGAUCAGGAUUAUACCGGAGAGGUGAAGGUUAUGGCUCAUGCUCCUCACAAUGUGGUGACAGUAGAUAAAAGUCAGAGAAUUGCCCAGCUUAUUUUGUUGCCGCUGGUAGAACAGGGAAAAGUCAGGACGAAUAAGGCUCGCGGGUCCCAGGGUUUCGGAUCUUCUGAUGCUUAUUGGGUGCAGCCCAUUAGGAGAAACCGGCCGGAGAUGGCACUUUGGAUUAAUGGGAAGGUGUUUAAAGGCAUUCUAGAUACUGGGGCUGAUGUCUCAGUUAUUUCCCUCAAGCAUUGGCCUGCUAGUUGGCCUAUUCAACCAGCAAUGACCGACCUGCAAGGUAUCGGUCAAAGUCGGACUCCGAAAAUUAGCUCGGCGGUCUUAAGCUGGCGAGAUGAUGAGGGACAUCAAGGAGAGUUUCAGCCCUAUGUCUUAUCAGAUUUACCUGUGAAUCUGUGGGGGAGGGAUGUCAUGGAGCACAUGGGGGUGUAUCUCCACAGCUCGAGUCCAGCGGUUACACAACAACUACUUAACCAAGGGCUGCUACCAGAUCAAGGAUUAGGAAGAGAAGGGCAGGGCAUUACUGAACCCUUACAACCCCUGCCCCGGCCAGGGCGCGCUGGCCUGGUAUUUUUAGGAGGGGCCUUUGACUCUCCUGCUACCCAUGCCGAUAAAAUGACCUGGAAGUCAGAUCUUCCUGUAUGGGUAGAUCAAUGGCCCCUGACUACUGAAAAAAUAAAGGCUGCCCAGGAGCUGGUGCAGGAGCAGCUCCAACAGGGCCACAUUGAGCCGUCUAAUUCUCCCUGGAAUUCACCUAUAUUUGUGAUCAAGAAGAAGUCAGGGAAAUGGAGAUUACUCCAGGAUCUUAGGAAGGUGAAUGAGACCAUGGAGCUCAUGGGGGCCCUCCAGCCAGGCUUGCCUUCACCUGCGGCCAUACCCCGUGAUACAUAUAAGAUUAUUAUUGACCUGAAAGACUGUUUUUAUACUAUUCCCCUUGAUCCCCGGGACUGUCCACGGUUUGCCUUUAGCGUACCAUCAGUAAAUUUUCAGGAGCCUAUGCAGCGAUAUCACUGGAAAGUGCUGCCUCAGGGAAUGGCCAAUAGCCCGACCCUGUGUCAAAAAUUUGUGGCAACGGCCCUAGCUCGGGUAAGGCGUGAGUACCCAGCAGUGUACGUCUGUCACUACAUGGAUGACAUCCUCAUUGCCGCUCACCAUGAGGGACUGCUCCUCCGGGCAUUUGCGAAAAUGGAAUCUGACUUGCAAAAACAAGGCCUGGUCGUAGCCCCAGAAAAGGUCCAGAGGCAGCCCCCGUUUUCUUAUCUUGGUUUUCAUCUGGAGCCUGACCGAUUUUUCUGUCAGAAAGUUCACCUUCGGCUAGACAAGCUCCAGACCUUGAAUGAUUUUCAAAAGUUGCUGGGGGAUAUCAACUGGAUUAGACCUUAUCUGGGGUUAACUACAGGGGAGCUCAAACCAUUGUUUGACAUUCUCAAGGGGGAUGCAGAUCCUGCAUCCGCUAGACAGCUGACCCCGGAGGGACGUGAAGCCCUUGGGAGGGUGGAGCAAGCUAUCCGCAGGCAGCAGGCAACAUUUUGUGACUAUAGUAGACCUUGGCAGGCCUGCAUUUUGGCCACGGGCCAUUCCCCUACUGCUGUUUUAUGGCAAGACCGGCCACUACGGUGGGUGCACCUCCCUGCUUCCCCUGCCCGGGUCCUUGCCCCUUAUUAUGAACUUGUUGCUGUCCUUAUUCAACAGGCUCGGGAAGAGUCCCGCCGCUACUUUGGCAGGGACCCUGCAAGCAUUCUGGUGCCAUAUACACGAGAACAGGUCACCUGGUUAUUCCAAACUUGUGAUCCCUGGGGAAUAGCCUUGGCUGGCUUUCCUGGAAAAAUUGAUAAUCAUUAUCCCCAAGACAAGCUUCUGCAAUUCUUUCUGAAACAUUCGAUUAUCUUUCCAAGGAUGGUAUCUGCUACUCCACUGCCCGGAGCCGCUACUGUGUUCACUGACGGGUCGUCCUCUGGCAUUGCAGCCUAUGUGCGUGGGCACCAGGUUACACGGUGGGAGACCCCAUAUUCCUCUGCCCAGGAGGUAGAGUUAGCAGCAGUACACCGGGUACUUUUAGAUGUGGCCAAUGAACCUCUAAAUAUUUUCUCUGAUAGUCAAUAUGUAGUCAGAAGCCUCUCUGUUAUUGAGACUGUCCCGUUCAUUGGCACUACUAAUUCCACUGUGCAACAACUGUUUAUAGCCAUCCAAGCUGCCAUCCUGAAUCGUACCCAACAAUGCUACUUUGGGCAUCUUAGGGCCCAUAGCAACUUACCUGGGCCCUUAUCCCAUGGAAACUGCCAAGCUGAUUUGGCCACUAAAGUGUAUUUAGUUGGGGUGCCUGCAGCUCGGGCGGCUCAUGCUCUCCACCAUCAAAAUGCCCAGUCUCUUCGGCUGCAGUUUAACAUUCCCCGAGAGGCCGCCAGACAGAUAGUAAAGGAAUGUCACACAUGUCCUACUUUAACCAGCGUGCCUAGCUAUAGAGUCAAUCCUCGAGGACUCCUGCCCAAUCAUCUGUGGCAGAUAGAUGUAACACAUGUGCCUAGUUUUGGUAAGCAACGGUAUGUUCAUGUUACUAUUGACACCUACUCAGGGUUUCUUGUUGCCUCUGCCCUCACAGGGGAAUCCAGUUCCCACGUCAUUGCCCAUUGCUUGCGCAGCAUGUCUGUCCUAGGACAGCCCCGGGUUAUUAAAACAGAUAAUGGACCGGGCUACACAGGCAAAAAGUUUCAAGCCUUUUGUAUGCAAUUGGGCAUUCAGAGUAAGACAGGCAUUCCUUAUAACCCUCAAGGACAGGGUAUUGUUGAACGAGCCCAUGGCACGCUAAAAAAUCAAUUGCAAAAAAUUAAAAAGGGGGAGCUGUACCCCUUAAUCCCGCAAAAUCAACUUAACCAUGCUUUAUUUAUUCUUAAUUUCUUAAUUUUGGACGAGAAAGGUCGUUCUGCUGCGCAAAGGUUUUGGCAGCAGGCUGUUCCCCAAGAUAAAGCCAUGGUCAGGUGGAAGGACCCCCUUGAGGGUACGUGGCACGGGCCAGAUCCGGUACUAAUCUGGGGAAGAGGGCAUGUUUGUGUUUUCCCGCAGGAUGCCGAGACGCCGAGGUGGCUCCCGGAGAGGCUGGUACGACACGCGGCCCAAGACGCUAGAGGAACGGAUGCAGGAGCUAACAAUGAACCCUGAGCGUCAGUCGCGAAGAGCCCGGCGAAGAGCCUGGCGGGCACAACAACGCGCAGAGCAACUCAUCAGAGGGCAAGGCAUGACUGUCA